CAGUUUCUGUUUCUUUUAUUUCAUUUCGCUGCGCGUUUGACUGACUUGGUACUGUAAAACGGUAUUUGUACUUGAUCUUUAAGCAUAACCAACAUGAGCAGCACAUCAAAGUUCGUGAGCGAAUUCUGUGAUAUUAUCGACUCCUAUGGCGGGCGUGAUAAGGUGAUGAAAGCGCUCUGCUACAGUGCCAAACUGGUGGCUGGCUACCAUGCGAAGAGGAAUCCCGAUUUGGCCAAGCGAUAUGCCACGGCCAGCUCAAAGAUAUCCGGAGCCAGGGCCACCCUGCGGCUGAUCGACGACAUUCCCAUGAUACAGUACGCCCUGGAGUAUGGCUUGGGGGAGAAUGAGCCGGAUCGCGUUAUGGCCGUGCUGGGGGUGACGGCCAAUAUCGUGGACCUGCUGUACUACCCAAUCGAGAAGGUCUGCUGGCUGGCCGAGCACAAGAUUGUGGAUGUGAAGAAUGCGGACAGAUGGGACAACGUAAAUUCCAUAUUCUGGGUGCUCUCCGUUUACCUCAACCUGAUGCGAACAAUGCGUAACUUCUCCCUGAAUCAGGAAAAACUGAGCUGCAAUCCAAAGCUAAGCGACAUUGAUGCCACUACCUUGGCCAAGCAUCGCCUCGAGCUGGUGUCCAUCGCUCGCAUAUCCCUGGACUUUGUGCACGCUGUCAGCACCCUUCCCGGAGGCUAUCUGUGGGGCGGCAAGCUCUCGACCUUCCAGGUGGGGGCGAUAGGCACCCUAUCCGCCGGCCUGGGCAUCUAUCAGAUCUUUGCAAAAAGAAGACUGAACAAGUAGUGGUCGCCGCUCGCCUUUUUGUACUCGUAUUUUUGUUGAUCGAAAUUUUUAAACUAGUCCUUAGAAGUUUUUGUACGUUAGUAGAGUAAGUUUAACCGCGCAACAAGUGUCUAGCAUGUAAGAUAAUUGAGAAGCACAAAAUACACGCUUAAAAAUUGAGAAAGUCUUGUGAUGGUUCUUGGUCUGUGUGUCCUUUAUUAUCUGAUACUUCAUUUUAUUGUGUGUUUGCUGUUAGGUUCCGAUACAUGUAAUGGAGUACAGUAUGUGUAUGCUCUCUGUUCUGUUUUAGUGUGCCUUUAGCAUGCCAGCAUAUAAGGCUUAACAUAAUGUACAGGCUCCGCUCUCUUCAUGAAUAUUGUCAUCGCCCUGCCGAGGCGAGGGUUCAUUACAAGAAAUAUGAAUAAUAA